AACGGUUUAGAGAAGUCUCCAGUUCACGUGAUAUAGAACUACACAACUAAACAAUGUCUUCUAUUUUAUUGACGGCUCUGUUGUUUGUAAAUAUCAUGUUCACCUGUGGACUUGACAUCUCACUAGAAAGAGAAUAUUAUAUGGAGGGUAAAGAUUUAUUUUGUGGCAAGUUACAUUGUGUGGAGAACACAAGAGAAGAUAAUGAAAUAUCAGCUCUUGUCAACAUGUCAGUCUAUAGGAUCAGUGAAUUAGAGGGGAAAAUUGUGUUGGCGUGUGUAUCAGAAUCAGAAUCAAGAGUUCGAGAUUAUAAAGUAAUUGGAUCAAAAGUUGAAGGAAAGUUUUCAAAAGUGUUUGGAGAAUUGACCGUAUCAUUUACAAAACGUUCUGAUUGUUUUAGUACAGUGUUUGGAUGUGAUGUGUAUUACACAAAUAAAAGGGGUCUCAUUGAGAUGAAAGAAAAUAAAACCAAACCUGUUGACCAAGACAAUUUUAAGCCACUGAUGUUAAUGACCUUAGAGGCUAAAACUCCAGAGUUUGAUAAAACAAUUGAUAGAAUGUCUGAGUUUCUAAAAACAUUUAAAUAUUCUGAUAAGUUAAACAGAGCUGACUUGAAGAUGAAUUUACAGUUUUUAACAGAUGACAAACGUUCUAACCUUAGUUAUCACAAAACAGAAUUAACAAAGGAGAAGGGUGAUGAAACUCUGGUUAACCUUACUAAUGCGAUGGAAAGUAGAUUCAAUAGCUUGUUAUCUGCCCAAGGAUCUACAAUUCAGAGACUUGAAAAUCAAAUGAACAACGUUUAUAACAGAUUGAACACCUUAAAUAACACAAAUCAAGAGCUCACGCAUUUUAAAUACAACUUCACUGAAAGCUAUCUAAAGACAAUUGAACAGAUACAAGCGAACAAUAACACACUUGAAAAACAAAAUAGGUCGGUACAAAAUGUAACAAAUCUAUACAUUGUUUUACAAAAACAACUGGAUAAACUGAAUAAUAGUGUGGUUAAUGUAUCAUUCGAUGUUCAAACUUUGUCUCAAAGGUUAAAUAAAAGUGAAAUUUUAACAAAAACCAUGCAAGUUUUCAAAAAAGAUUUACUAAAUUUAACUAACGAAAUGUUAAAAAAUAGCACAGCGAUAUUGGAACGUCACAAUAUAAGCAUUCAACAACUGGAUGAAAGCAACAAAUUACAGUCAGAGACACAGUUAAAGACACUGAAGGAUUUACAAACAGCUGUAUCACUACUAAACAAAACAGACAUUGAUAUAGACGCCCAUUUGGAGGAGAUAAAAUGUACCAGCAUGAACGAUCGUAUUUUCUCGGACAUGACAGAGGCUGGAGUAGAUGUUAACAGGACAUUGUGUGAUAACAAGACUGACAGUGGAGGAUGGAUUAUUAUACAGAGACGUCUCAAAGGUGAUGUAAACUUUACAAGAACUUGGAACGAUUAUAAAAACGGAUUUGGUUCAACAUCUGGAGACUUUUGGAUCGGAAAUGAUGUAAUUUCAAAGUUGACAGAUUUGGGUUAUACUGAACUCAGAUUUGACAUGAAGUAUAAAGGUAAAGACUACUACGCUCAGAGUUUCUUCCAGUCUGGAAGAAACACUGACUACGCUGUGUACAGAGGUUUUAAGGUAGAAAAUGAAGCAGCAAAGUAUAAGAUGAGCUACACGCCAUUCAGUGGUGGGAAUGUUAAAGAUAGCUUUAGUUAUCACAACGGCAUGAAGUUUACAACCAUUGACUCUGAUAACGAUAGAGACAGUGGCAACUGUGCUGUAGACAGGAGUAGAGGUGGUUGGUGGUAUCAUGCUUGUCACUUGGUUAACGUCAACGGUGAAUGGGCGAGUCGUGUUGAUAAUAAAGGAAUUCAUUGGUCGAGCAUUACAAACUAUUCUGACUCUCUAGACUUUGUUGAGAUGAAACUUCGUCGAAUGUAAACAAC